UCUCAGACAACUCCAUGCUCAGACAUACUCUCUCCUCCUUCACUUUCUCUCUCUACAUUUCCUCAAUCACUCAUGAUCUCCUCGCAAUCUCUCGAUUCAGACCUCUUCUCACUCUCCUCAAUUUCUGCCAGAGUCACUGCAGAUUUCUAGGGUGGUUGUUUUUGUUCAUUCCAAAUAUUCGAUGAUUCUUGGAUGUUUUCGCUCGAUUUGCCCUAAUUUAUCGGUGAUUGUGGCUGGAAUCAGUGCUCAGCCAGUGAAAAACUAAGAAGCCAGCUUCUUUGACAGGUUUUUAUUUGGUUCCUUCAUCUGAAGCACACUCAACCUUUGUCUAGCAUUUUAAAUCUGGUAGAAGCUCGUGUGGUGAAUCCACUGUAGGGCCAAAGAAUUGAAGCUCUCUCUGUCUUGAGCUGUAUUUAGUUCCAUAUCUGGUUUUUACUUCAUGUACAACUGCUAUAUAAUACAUUUGGAUAUUCGAGAGUGGAUUUACUUCAGAAGAAACUUGCCCUCAAUUUGUUUAAAUUUUUAGAAUAAACAAUAUGCCUUCAUGGUGGGGAAAAUCAUCAUCCAAAGAAGCAAAGAAGAAAACAAACAAGGAAAGUUUCAUCGACACAUUACAUCGAAAAUUUAAGAUUCCAUCUGAAGGUAAGGUGAGCAAUAGAUCAGGAGGGUCUCAUAGACGGUGCAGUGAUACAAUAUCAGAGAAGGGAUCUCAAUCCCGAGCAGAAUCAAGAUCACCAUCACCUUCCAAACUAGUGUCAAGAUGUCAAAGUUUUGUUGAAAGGCCUAAUGCCCAACCACUUCCACUUCCUGGUCGGCACCCUGCAAGUGUGGGUCGUACUGAUUCUGGAAUCAGUAUAUCAACAAAACAAAGACUGGAAAAAGGCUCCAAGUCAUCCUUUCUUCCUCUCCCAAGACCCAGAUGCAUUGGGGGCAGACCCGAUCCUACAGAUUUAGAUGGUGAUUUUGUUGCUUCAGUUUAUAGCGAAGGUUCCACUGAUAGUGAAGAUGCAGCUGACUCACAUCAUCGUAGUCCCCAGGCAACUGACUAUGAUAAUGGGACUAGAACUGCUGCAAGCAUAUUUUCUAGUGUAAUGCUCAAGGAUCAGUCACCUGUUGCUCAUGUAAACGCAAGGGAGGCACAAAAACCAGCUAAUCUUUUGUUUAGUAAUCAUAUUUCCCCUACAUCACCUAAACGGAGGCCUUUAAGCAGCCAUGUACCAAAUUUACAGGUCCCUUAUCAUGGUGCUUUCGGCAGUGCUCCAGACAGCUCAAUGUCAAGUCCUUCAAGAAGUCCAUUGAGAGCAUUUGGCACUGACCAAGGUUUGAACUCUGCUUUCUGGGCUGGGAAACCUUAUUCAGAUGUUACUUUACUUGGAUCUGGCCAAUGCUCCAGUCCAGGUUCAGGUCAGAAUUCUGGGCACAAUUCAAUGGGAGGAGAUAUGUCAGGACAGUUGUUUUGGCAACCCAGCAGGGGCAGCCCGGAGUAUUCUCCUAUACCUAGUCCCAGAAUGACAAGCCCUGGUCCCAGCUCCAGAAUUCAUAGUGGUGCAGUCACACCUCUUCAUCCCAGAGCUGGAGGAGCAGCCUCUGAAUCCCAGACAAGCUGGCCAGAUGAGGGGAAACAACAAAGCCACCGGUUGCCCCUUCCUCCUGUAGCAGUUUCUUCUUCUUCACCUUUCUCUCAUUCAAAUUCACCAGCAGCAUCUCCCUCUGUCCCACGCAGUCCAGGAAGAGCAGAGGCUCCAACAAGCCCAGGCUCUCGCUGGAAAAAGGGAAAGUUGCUGGGAAGAGGCACAUUUGGACAUGUUUAUGUUGGCUUUAACAGUGAAAGUGGUGAAAUGUGUGCAAUGAAGGAGGUGACACUAUUUUCAGAUGAUGCAAAGUCAAAGGAAAGUGCAAAACAGUUGGGGCAAGAAAUUGUUCUGCUUAGCCGCUUAUGCCAUCCAAACAUUGUGCAGUAUUAUGGAUCUGAAACGGUUGGUGACAAACUUUAUAUAUACUUGGAGUAUGUAUCUGGUGGCUCCAUCUAUAAACUUCUUCAAGAAUAUGGCCAACUUGGUGAACUAGCAAUUCGUAGCUAUACCCAACAAAUCUUGUCAGGGCUCGCCUAUUUGCAUGCUAAAAAUACUGUCCAUAGGGAUAUUAAAGGGGCAAAUAUACUUGUAGACCCAAGUGGUCGAGUCAAGUUAGCAGAUUUUGGAAUGGCAAAGCAUAUCACUGGGCAGUCAUGUCCUUUAUCAUUCAAGGGAAGCCCAUACUGGAUGGCACCUGAGUUGUUCGCUCAGGUUAUAAGGAAUUCAAAUGGUUGCAACCUUGCUGUGGAUAUUUGGAGUCUAGGGUGCACAGUUUUGGAAAUGGCCACAACAAAACCACCCUGGAGUCAGUUUGAAGGGGUUGCUGCAAUGUUCAAGAUUGGGAAUAGUAAGGACCUCCCAGCAAUUCCUGAUCACCUUUCAGAUGAAGGUAAGGAUUUUGUAAGGCAGUGCUUGCAACGAAAUCCACUACAUCGUCCAACAGCUGCUCAGCUCUUGGAGCAUCCUUUCGUGAAAAAUGCUGCACCUCUGGAAAGACCUAUUUUGUCCCCUGAAACUUCAGAUCCACCUCCUGGAGUUACCAAUGGAGUGAAAUCUCUGGGAAUCGGACAUGCUAAAAAUCUUUCAUCCUUGGAUUCAGAAAGACUUGCAGUUCAUUCGUUUAGAGUUUUAAAAACUGGUUCCCAUUCAAGUGAUCCUCAUAUUGCGAGGAAUAUAUCAUGUCCUGUCUCUCCUAUUGGGAGCCCUCUUUUGCAUUCAAGGUCACCUCAACACCUGAAUGGAAGAAUGUCUCCUUCUCCUAUAUCCAGUCCUCGUACCACUUCUGGCCCAUCCACGCCUUUGACAGGUGGCAGUGGUGCCAUUCCAUUUCCUCAUCUAAAACCAUCAGUUUACCUGCAAGAGGGAUUUGGAAACGUUUCUAAGCCCCUAAACAAUCCCUAUUCCAACGGCCCCUCCUAUCAUGAUCCAAAUGCCGACAUCUUUCGAGGGAUGCAGCUAGGGUCUCACAUAUUCCCAGAAAGUGAUGCUCUUGGAAAGCAGUUUGGGAGGACUGCUCAUGUAGAAUUGUAUGAUGGGCAGUCAGUCUUAGCUGAUCGCGUCUCUCGGCAGCUCUUAAGGGAUCAAGUGAAGAUGAAUCCAUCUCUGGAUCUUAGUCCCUCCUCUAUGUUGCCCAGCCGGAACACUGGAAUCUAACUUCAUACGUUGUUUGGAAACCCACCUACCAUCCAAAUCAAGCUCUUCUGUUUGACAGAUUGUUUUCUGGUUCUACAGGAUCAAUUUAUUCGUCAAAUAGUUUGCAAUAAGGAUCCAAAGUUGAAACUGUGGAAUAAGUUGGACUUUUGGAAGAAGAUGUGGUGGAAGACUUACCGCCGAUCAUGGAUUCUUGUGUCCAUGGUUAUGGUGUUUUAAGUUCUUCACAUCAAGAGUGAGCCAGGCUAUUUAAUGGAAGUGAUUUUCUCCUGAUGGGUGUCAAGCAGCAGCCAUCUAUUCAGUGGAAUCUUGCCUCCUAGCAAAUAAAGAAGUUGCUGUGUUGCAGUAGUUUAAGGUAUAUGAUGCUGCAUCGAAUUGUACAAAAUUGAGUGCCCUAAAAUCUAUUCAUCUGACACUCCACUGAUCUGAGGUAUGAAAAUUUGAUUUUUCCAAGCGAGAGAGGUGGCUUCUGAUGAUCAAAAUGGGUUGCAGUUCCUUCAAUAUUGUAGUGAAAAAAAAAAAAAAGAACUGUAUGUCAGAUCAUCAAAUAGAAGAAAAAAGGAAGUCCGGAACGGUCUCUAGCUUUUAGACUAUUUUUUGGGGGUCUGAAACUGAUGUACAGGAGUUGGGUAUGGGUCCGGGUUUAGGCUCGGGCGGAGUCAAAUUCACCUGGUUGCAGGGCUUAUGACAGCUCUCAGUCUCAGGUGUAACUUAUCAUGAAAUACCCUGCCACCUGAUUUGUUGUAUGUACAUUACCACUUCAGUAAAUUGAAGAAAUCUAAUUUCAAGGCCUAUUUUUUCA